AUGGCGUCUUCCUCUAAGCCAGUACAGGAGCAGGUCAUAAGAUCCAAUUCGAGGCCUAAACUGAAAGAUGAAAGUUUAGGGGCUGCAAAAUCGCAAACCUCAGGCGAGUCUCAAGGAUCUGAGACAACAAGUUUCACUAAACAGGAUCCACAAGAACUCAGUGAAACCAGCCCCCUAGCUGAUUCGAAUAGUAAAGAUGAACCAGCCAAAUUGGAUGCUGGAGAUAAUGUUAGUGGUCGGAUAUCCGCCGCACCAUCAGCCGCGGUUAGAGCGGCCACAAUAAGAGCCGCACAAGAACAACUUCAAGCCCCUACCGUAUCUUCAUCUGGUGGCUCGGUGCUUCCAGCUGUUCCUGGCUCAGGCGCAGUUAGUGGGGUGAUUGCUCCGUCAGCUCCGUCCUCAUCAGCUCCACCUUCAGCCCCACCAUCAGUCCCACAUAGUGGGAUGUCAUUUGCGCCAAAUCCAUAUGCUUUCUACUAUCCCCACCUCUAUCCUUAUGCUUACUUCCAACCUCCGGAUCAAAUACCAAAAGGAGCUAGAGAUCAACAACCUCAAAGAUUCCCCAAUUACCCUCCACCAUUCAACUAUUAUGUGCAACAGCAGCAACAGCAACAACAACAACAGCAGUUUCCAAAUUCUUCGUCUAAUUCAAAUAACGUAGCGCCAUUGUCUGAGGAGUUCAAAAUUGGGGAGAUGAUAUACCCACCCCCUUUCUUUGGUUCGUUACCUCCUCACCAACAAGUUCCUGUCGUCGCUCCGGAGUCAGAAGGUUCUACACAACUGGCGGAAGGUGGUGACGACAACCAAGAGAAAAGGAAAUCUCGUAAGCGGAUCCCUCCACCUACAAACCCUGUCGAUGAGAGCGGAAAAAGCAAUUCGAAAAGUGUGGAUAGGCCGUAUGCUUGUCCUUUAGAGGGUUGUCUGUGGGCAUUUGCUAGACUGAGUGACUUAAAACGGCAUAAGAAGUCACAUGAAUGUCCAGAAUUUCAAUGUCCUUACUGGAAAAAUGAUCCUACGUGUCACAGGAAUGGAGGAGCUUUCAAUAGGCUGGAUGUGCUGAAACGGCACUUGCGGUUGAUUCACUAUGUUGUUGAUAAAGAGAAGAAGGGAGAAUCGGGCGAUCCGGGGUGGUGCAGAGUGUGUCGGACUGUGUUUCCCACAUCAAAGCAGUUCUUAGAGCAUGCAGACAAGUGUGCACAGAAUAUCACUGUAGCAGAAUGGAAAGAUGUUGAAGGCAGUAGGCGACAGGCUAAGCGUGGGUUCGAAGGUGAUCAAAACGCUAAUCCCUCUCAAUCCCGUUUCCCUCCUAAAGGGGAUGUCGGUAAGACACAAGAGCUGGUCAUGAAGAAGCAGAAAGUGUAG